AUGGUCCUUGGCAGCAUCCUGGACCUGAAUGUCACCAUGGCCCCUAUUGGCAGUAAUAAAGAUACCUUAGCCCCAAGGCCUCAUUCCAUUAAUGGCAGGGUAGUUGAGCCAAAACGUGUUGUAGCAAGAGAGGAGUCUGGAAAACCAGGUGCCCAUGUGACUGUGAAGAAGCUGUUAGUUGGUGGAAUUAAAGAAGAUACUGAGGAACACCACCUUAGAGAUUAUUUCAAAGAAUAUGGAAAAAUUGAUACUAUUGAAAUAAUUACUGAUAGGCAGUCUGGAAAGAAAAGAGGCUUUGGCUUUGUUACUUUUGAUGACCAGGAUCCUGUGGAUAAAAUUGUAUUGCAAAAAUAUCACACCAUCAAUGGUCACAAUGCAGAAGUUCGAAAGGCAUUGUCUAGACAAGAAAUGCAGGAAGUCCAGAGUUCAAGGAGUGGAAGAGGAGGAAACUUUGGUUUCGGGGAUUCUCGUGGUGGCAGUGGCAAUUUUGGACCAGGACCAGGAAGCAACUUUAGGGGGGGAUCUGAUGGAUAUGGAAGUGGACGUGGAUUUGGGGAUGGCUAUAAUGGGUAUGGAGGAGGACCUGGAGGUGGCAAUUUUGGAGGUAGCCUUGGUUAUGGAGGAGGAAGAGGAGGAUAUGGUAGUGGAGGACCUGGAUAUGGCAACCAGGGUGGGGGCUAUGGAGGUGGUUAUGACAACUAUGGAGGAGGAAAUUAUGGAAGUGGAAAUUACAAUGAUUUUGGAAAUUAUAACCAUCAACCUUCUAACUAUGGCCCAAUGAAGAGUGGAAACUUUGGUGGUAGCAGGAACAUGGGAAGACCAUAUGGAGGAGGAAACUAUGGUCCUGGAGGAAGUGGUGGAAGUGGGGGCUAUGGUGGGAGGGCUGAUACUGAGCUUCUUCCUACUUACCAUGGCCUUCACUGUAUAAAUAGGAGAGGAUGAGAGGCCAGAGGUAACAGAACAGCUUCAGGUUAUCGAAAUAACAAUGUUAAGGAAACUCUUAUCUCAGUCAUGCAUAAAUAUGCAGUGAUAUGGCAGAAGACACCAGAGCAGAUGCAGAGAGCCAUUUUGUGAAUGGAUUGGAUUAUUUAAUAACAGUACCUUACUGUGGAGGAAGGAUUGUAAAAAAAUGCCUUUGAGACAGUUUCUUAGCUUUUUAAUUGUUGUUUCUUUCUAGUGGUCUUUGUAAGAGUGUAGAAGCAUUCCUUCUUUGAUAAUGUUAAAUUUGUAAGUUUCAGGUGACAUGUGAAACCUUUUUUAAGAUUUUUCUCAAAAGUUUUAAAAAGCUAUUAGCCAGGAUCAUGGUGUAAUAAGACAUAACGUUUUUCCUUUAAA